AUGCGUCUGCCCCGUCACUUUGAGAUGCUCUUCGUCCUCCUGCUAUGGAUAUGUGCUGAGGCGACAGCUACAAGCGGUAGACAGAAGUACGUCGGUGCUCGGAACUCGUCGAUUGAUUCUCCUACCCAAGAGAAGACAGCGUCCGUCGAGCCGAAACGCGUGCAGCCGCAAAACUUAACUGCGGACAAGGCCGACGACGCACAUCAGGAACAAGAGGAGAGAGGGCUGGUGAAUGUAUGGUCCUCUCUGGAGAACGCAAGGGAGGUUCUGGGACUCAGCGAGCUGCCAGGACGACUACAACCCAUGACCAAAGCUCUCGCGUCUUUCACGAUCAACGAGAAUAUGGAAGCGCUCUUUGCUCGUGAGGAGCUAGAGCGAUGGCUUUACAAGUUGCAAAUGGUCGGUCACUUGGAAACAUUUCCGGAAGCCGCCCUUCACGUCUUGAUGAAAUCUGGGCAAGGAAGUGGGGUAGCGACAUUUUUCCUUGAGCUUCGAAACAUCGCUGGUAUGAAAAGCGGUGCGGAAGCGAUGCAAAGGACCCUACUGAAAGAUCACCCCGAGGCUCUGGAACAGGUGUUCGACGCGUGGGUAUUGUCUGAGUUGAGUCCUACAGAAGCUUACGACGUGAUGCCCAUUUCAGAGAAAAGCUUGUCGUCGGCCGCAAUUGCGAAUGAGCCAGAGUGGCCUGUUGUGCGUGGUAGAAUCACGGAUUGGUUCACUUAUGUCGAUAGACUACGAUCUUCGGGUCACGCCUUUAGCGAUGUUCAAACGAUCGAAGUUUUGGCGAAAAAAGGACGAACGAGAGAGAUCGAAGCUUUUGCCAACUGGCUCGAAAACACCCUUGGCAGAAAAGACGGCGCAUACCGGAUGCGAACAAGUCUUGAAUUACUAUCGAAGAUCGACAACUGGCUCAAGUCGGGCAUGAGUCCCGAAAAUAUUUACUGGAAGAUGCCCGUCUUACUGAAUCGACAAUUUUCUGGGGCUGAUCGAAAAAAGCCAACUUGGUCCAUCUUCGUGGCUGAGCUCGAGAAUUGGUUCUAUAUUGUUGACAUGUGCCGGUCCUUGGAUGUCAAAUUUGGUGACGAUCAAGUUGUUCGAGUAUUGAUGCUUAACAGAGGUGAUGAAGAGUUGGUGGAUAUCUUCCAUAAGCUUCGGGAUGUCCCUGGCAGGAAGGGUCGAGCAGACAACAUGCAGAGACAGUUGCUUUUGAGGACGCAGUAUCCAGCAAACACUCACAGAGUGGCGCGCGAUGUGUGGCUAACAUCCGGUUUGAGUCCUGAAGAAGUUUACCACAUAAUGUUCACGCCAGCGGGAGCACGCGAUGCAGGAGCUGCUGAAGAGAAGCCAAAGUUGUCCGCUGUCCGUUUCAUGCUCAAAUAUUGGCUUGUAUAUGGUGACGUGUACCGAUUGAAGGGCAACAAAUUUGACGACCGUCAAGCCGCUGAAAUAUUGAGGCGCAACGGAGACAUGGAAGAGUUGGUGUGGUUUAUUUUGUGGCUCAGGGAAAGUGAUGACAUGAAGCAACGCGCAUUCUUUAUCCAAAGAUAUCUGAUAUGGAAUUCGCCAACGUUGUCAGACACUCUGAAACCGACGUUCGACGUGUGGCUUAAGAAUAAGCUGAGCCCUCGCACAACUUAUAACUUCUUGAUCGGUGAAGCGGGCGCAAUCGGUGUGGGGGCUAGUGUAGAGAAGCAGAUGCAGGUAUCUUUUCCUCGCAUGUUUCCAUAUUUUUAUCGAUAUGUUGGCGAGUAUCGGUUGCGUGUCAAACGGUUCGACGACGAUCAAGUCAUUAAAUUGCUGAAAUGGCACAAAUACGGUGAAGAUGAGUUGGUGCAAAUCUUCCACAAUCUUCGAGACGACCCUGACAUGAAAGACCACUCAAACAACAUGCAAAGAUCCCUGCUUUUAGAUUCGCAAGAUUUUUUGCACACUUUUAAAUUGAUGGCCGACGGGUGGGUGCGCUCAAAGCUGAGUCCUGGAGAAGUCUACGACAUCAUGUUUAGUCCAGCGGGGACAACCGACGUGGCAACUGGUGUUGAGAAGCAGGAGCAGCACACCUUUCUUCGUAUGCUUCCAUUUUUAUUUCGAUACGUUGGCCAAUACAGAUUGGGCGUCAACGGAUUCGACGAUGAUCAAGUCAUUGGAUUGUUGAAAGUGCACGGACAAGAUGGGGAUGAGUUGGUGCACAUCUUCCACAAGUUCCUAGACAUCCCUGACAUGUAA